ACCCCUCACAAGCCGCCUAGCAACUCUCCUCAGAUGCGCCUUUAACACCUGUCCAGCUCUCACCUCUGCGCUAAGCGGCGUCUCUCCAUGCUACGCCCUUGCUGAUUGGUUGCCGAGGGAGUAAGGAUGACGCGCAUUGGGCGUACUCCCCUGUGUAGCUGCUAGACACGCCGCCGGCAGCAGUGUCUUAGUGUCGCGUUGUUUUCCUUCAGAGAGCAGGAGGCGCGUUGCUGCCUCUCGUAACCACUGGCAAUUUCCCCGGGCGCUGAUACUUACGGAUUACUACUAUUGCCUGAGCAGCCUGCGACUUUCUUCUACGUGUUUGGAUUUGCUUUUGUAAUGCGCAGAGCUCACUUCGGGUGAGGGUCUAGCGGCGGCGUGAAGCGAAAGCCAAACCUCUCCGCCAAGGGUUCCCCCUGCCUUUCCUGGCUGUUGGGCGCCGAGACAGGGCCACCUGAGGGGGAGGCAGCGGGGAGCUGCCGAGCGAUGAAGCAGGGGGGACGAUGAGCGGAUUUGGGGAAGACAGAGUCCAGAAGAAAAGACCGCACUGUCCGGGCAGACAAGGUAUGAGAAAUGAGUGUUGGAAGGAGAAGAUUAAAACUGGUGGGUAUACUGGCAAUGGUGAAUCUCUUCAUCUAUGUUAUUGUGGAAGUAUCAAGAAGCGACAGUCAAGACAAAAAUGCAGAUGGACAAAUUGUGAUACCAAAUGGCAAGUUCUGGAAAAAACGGACUGCCAGUAAUGCUUAUUGGAACAGAGAACAGCAAAAGCUAGACAGAUUGUAUAACCCAAUCUUAAAUCUGCUUAAUAAUGCUACUGUGGAAGAAAUGGUAGCUUCCAAUGCAAGUUUGUUGAACUCCUGUGACAUGGAUACAAAUGUCCGUGCGGAACUAAAAGAUUUUGACCAACUGCCAGACCGAUUUAAAGAUUUCUUUUAUUAUUUAAGAUGUAAGAAUUACUCUUUGUUGUUGGACCAACCAAACAAGUGUGUAGACAAGCCUUUUCUUCUAUUGGCCAUAAAAUCUUUAAUUCCCCAGUUUGACAGAAGGCAAGCCAUAAGAGAAUCCUGGGGAAAGGAACUGAAAAUAAAUAACAUGACAGUUGUAAGAGUGUUUUUACUGGGGGAGACGCCACCAGAAGAUAACUACCCUGAUCUUUCAGGCAUGGUUAAAUUUGAAAGUGAGAUCCAUAAGGACAUACUUCUCUGGAACUAUAAGGACUCCUUCUUUAAUUUAACGUUAAAAGAAGUUCUCUUUCUCAGGUGGGCAAGCCAUUCUUGUUCUAGUGCCCAGUUUAUCUUUAAAGGAGAUGAUGACGUUUUUGUGAAUACUCCUCUGAUCCUGGAUUACUUGAAAACGUUGUCUCCGGAAAAAGCCAAAGAUUUAUUUAUCGGUGACGUGAUAAAGGAUGCUGGACCUCACAGAGAGAAGACUUUGAAAUACUACAUUCCUGAAAGUAUCUAUGUAGGUUCUUACCCUCCGUAUGCUGGUGGUGGUGGCUUCCUAUACUCUGGCUCUGUAGCACAGCGGCUUUACAAUGCUACUUCUAGGGUUCUGAUAUAUCCUAUUGAUGAUGUGUACACUGGAAUGUGCCUCGAAAAAAUUGGCGUUUCCCCAGAAAAACACAAAGGCUUCAAGACGUUUGAUAUUGAUGAGAAACAGAAGAAAAGCAUUUGCUCUUACACAAACAUAAUGUUAGUACAUCCCAGAAAGCCUCAAGAAAUUAUUACGAUUUGGUCUAGGCUGCAAGACUCUCAGUUAAACUGCUAGCAUGGAUGAGUGAUGUGCCUCAGGAGGAAAUCCUAUAUUUGCACUGCAGAUGUUGGGGGGAGCUUGUGCACAUAGCACAUGUCUUUGCCAAUCUGAAUGUUUCCAAAGACUUCUGACUGUUCCCCGUUUAGCGUCUUCUCUUUCCUUAUGUAAACAAACUUCUGUACAUAAAUAUACUUGUGUGUGAUAUAGAUGGAAAAAUGAACCCCCUAUUGUACCAUAUAAGUAUUAAAUGUCCAUAUAAAGGCAUAAGGCUGCAACUUGAGAGCUUUUAUACAGGUCAUGGAAAUAUUUUUAUUUUACAACAGGGGAUACAUUAUUUUUCUGAUACACAAGUGUGUGACACAAUGACAUCACUAAGCUCCCAUUAUAACAAACGACAUCACACCAAGCAUCAUUUAUAAAGAUACAUUUUGCAGGUUAUUCAUUUACAUACACAUAAAUAUAUCAUUUUAACCUUUCAAAAAUACUAUACAUCUUAAAACAGGCGGUCUCAAGUUACGUGUGGAGUUUAUUGUAUGAUCAUAUGUUUCAACAUGUACAUACUGGUUGUUUUUUUUUUUUGUUUUUUUAAAUUAAAUAGAGACAUAGUUUUGUUUUUAAAGGAGCUUGAAGAAAGGUUAUUCUGACUGGCGUAGAACUAAACUGAAAUGUCAGUAGUUCAGCAUGUACUGCUCAGUGAACUGAUUCUUACCCUGAAGUGACUGAGAUAUUCUAGGAAUUUGUUCACUGUAGUGUGUCUAUUUUAUGCAGAACAUUUGUUAAACUUCUAAACUGUAAGUUCAUUAAAAGAUUGUCCCUGAUGCAUUAUCAAGUGCUGCUUAAAGGAUCAUUAGAAAAAAAAAUAUCCAGUAUUUUGGAUUCCCAGAGGCUUAGUAGGCCUGUUCCACUGAACAUGCUCAGAGUGGUUCUUAGAAGCACAGCUUUAUGGCUUGCUGGAAAUUCUCCAAGCAUGAACUUAAAGUGAGGUUACAUCUGCAAAGAACUUAUGCACAUGGGAAUUUAAAUCGUAUCUAUGUUGUUAGUUGGUCCCUCUUCUGAAGUUAUUGCAAUCUAGAGCAUCUGUUAUUUAUCUGCAGAAAAGAAGAUCGAGGGCUACUAGGAGGGGCACAGAUCUUUACUUCUAAAUGACUAUGAAUUGGUACAGAAGUCCAGUCAUAAGCUGUAGCAUUUGUACUUUGUUGAGCUUUAGUUCUCCUUUAAAAUAUUCUUUUCUUACUAGUGGAGUUAUGUAAUAGGACACUUGCCCACAUGCAGUAACCUACAGCAACCUAUCAGCAGGUAGCAUUUACCCAUCAGCUCAAACGGUUGAUUGGUUACUGUAGGUUAGUGCAGCGGGGCAAACGGUGCCUAUUAUAACAUGGUGGGAUGAGAAGAAAGUAUGUGAUACUUCAGCAUAAUGUACACCUUAGGGAAUCACCGCGCCCUCUCAAGUUAGCUGUUUGGCACAGUGACGUCGCCUGUAGGACAACACUGUUGUGUAUUCACAAUGUGCAUGCUAGCUUUACUAUAGGAAGCCGUUCUAAUUACACCUAAUAAACAAUAUUGUGUUCACCAGUUGCCUUUAAAUAUACUUGCUGUAUUUGUUUCCGGAAUCCAUAAAUAUUAAUUAAUAUUCAAGCAUUAUAUACUUUCCAUAUACAUUGGCAGCUUAGGGGUGUGUAUAGUUAUUUAAACUGCUUUUGUGAAGGCAUGACACCUUAAGAAAAUAGCUAAAAGACCUGGCAAUAUUUACUGAAGCCGAUGCUCGCUUCUAGGUAAACAUCCGUUAGGUUGGAGGUGACUGAACUUUCCCCCAAUAUCUCUGCAGUACUGUACAUAACAGUCUGUACACAAACUUCUGGCUUUAGAACUGUGUCAAGCUGUAUGUAUGCCUUAUGGUGAUGUUAGCUCUUAAAUCUAAUGUUACCCCCCUGAGCUCCACUUCAUUUUCCACUAAAAAUUGCCAGGUAUUCUCUAGUCCAACCUCUGAUACAGCCCACAAGAUACAAUAUUUAAAGUAGGAAGGAAGAUAUUCUUGUCUGAACAGAAGGCAAAAAUAAGAUGUUCUGUUUACUUUUUUUUUUUUUCUCCGCAGACAGGGUGCUUUAUAUUGGUUUUUAAAUGUCUGCUGGAUUACAUUUUCUUGCAUGCUUUUACUUCUUUAAACAGGGAACAUUAUCUCAUUAUUUCUAAAGAAAAAUCGGAAUCAUAACAUUAAAUUAGUUAGUGCCCAUCUUUUUUCUAGCUUAGAACCAGCUUGUGGGACAUAAAUGCAGUAGCAUCAGUACUGGCAUUUUUGAAAGGUGGCACAAAUGUGUUACAGUUCAACAUGCAGAAAGUCACUUGGAAUUGUUACUUUAUUAAAAAUAGUAAUCUAGUUCCUUCUUAUUUAUAAAGGAAUAUAUAUUUUUCUAGUCAGAGCCAAAUGCAAUAUUUUGUCAAAGGAGCAAAUCUAUUGGUUGAGCAGUACCCUGAUCUGAUAUUAAUGUUCUCUCAGUGAAGAGUAUAAGCUAUAACAUAUUGUGGGGUUGCCCACUUUUGCUUUAAAGCAGCAGCGCAAGUAGUGUUUUACAGCCAUGCUUUUUGGGGGGGGGGGGGAGAUCCUGGGACCAAACGCCAGAAAUGACUAUACCAAAUCAUUUAUGUACUCAUUUAUCAUAUUAUUGCUGGUUUUAUGAUGUCUCUAUGGGAUGCCAUUGCUGUAGAUUAUUCAGUUAUAUAGUUUCUAUUUCUUUCAAGAGUCACAGGAAGCAAUAGGGCUGUGGCCGGACAGCCAGAGACAACAGCAGCAGCAUAGACACUGGCCUGUGGCCCUUGCUAAACCUGCCCACACAUGCACCAAUAUUGUUUCAUAUGUUAUUCAGUGCGAGUAUGUUGGAUCAAUGAGACACAAGCUUUCAGAUAUUGGGCGGGGCAAGAUUUUGAUCAGGCACCAUUGAAGGCACCCGAGAAAAAUCUGAGUUUAGGACUGAAUUGUUAGGGGUAGAAUCCCUAUUGUUUCUAUUUCCAUGUAAACCUCAGCGGAGGGUGGGAACCCCCCAAUUGUAAGGUGUAUGGCCAGCUUUAGACUUUAGCAGUUGGUGGUGCAGUUGGCUGCCAAGAGGCUUUCCCUGUGCCUGAAGUUGCAUACAUCUAACUAGAGUCAGAUUUAUCAGAAAGAGCCAUGCUGGGCAUGCCAUUGGGUUAGACCAAUAAAAGGAGGAAAUAAACAAAGAUAUAGUGCAACUUUCAGGUGUUACGGCAAACAGGCAGCUGCUUCUCGGAGAAGUAGUAGUCACUUAUGUGUGCCAGAAGUAGAAUAACUCCUUUGAUCUAAAAUAGAUAUUGAUUAAAUGCCUGGAACUGUAUUCAAUCAAUAUUUCUAUCCCGAGGGAACAAAAAUACAUUGAAACUUUGUGCUGUUGCCCCUAAAGAAGACUAAAAGGUGUAUCAGAUCUUAGGGGGAAACUCCUAUUUGUCACUCCUUGCAGUUUUGUUUAUUAGUGGCAGUCAUUUCUCAAAGAAUGUGACUCUGUAUUGUCUUUAGUAGUACUACUGAGCUAUAAAUCCAAACCUACAGCUUUACUGACCAUCCAAAAUGAUCUUUGCAUGCAUUGCAGGGGAAUGUAUUGGAGGCUCGCAGGAUGCUUUGUGCAGGUUUCUCUGUCUUCCUUUAUCUAUAAUUCUGUUUGUUUGCACAUUCCUUAUAUUGUAUGUAUGUUAUAAAGCAUUUUUGGCUUGCAAUGUUUCUAAAACUUGAAGGAAUUUUAAAGGCUUUUUCCUUAUUAUAAACGUAAUUGUCAGGAAAAUGUCUCCAUGUAGAAGUGCCUGUGUUUUAUUUAUUAAGAUUAAAAAAACAAGAUGACCCUUUUUCUGCCCUUACUUUACACAAAUGUAAAUGUUUGUACACACAGUUCUAAGUUGAGUAUUUAACAGAGCAUGAGAAUUGCAGUUGAUGGUAAUUUGAAGUAGAAAAUAUAAUAAAGCUGUUAUUUUUUAAAUGGA